GGCACCGAUGACCGCUCCGAUGGUCCCGGAGGAUGGCCUUCCUGUCUUCAGCAGAUGCUCAGACACGACAACGAAAUGGUCGCAGGCUGGAACGACGAAAUCGACACCAUACUCAUUUUUGCGGGUCUUUUCUCCGCGAUCCUGACAGCCUUCAGCGUUGAAUCGUACAAGCUUCUCCAGCAAGACCCGGAGCAGACCUCGACCGAUCUCCUCGCUCAAAUCUCGCUGCAGCUGCAGAGCUUCUCACUCAAUCCCGCUUUCGCCAAUUCCACGCACACACCGUCACUGAAACGGACACAUAUACCUGUGUCAGCUGUGCGCAUCAACAGCCUCUGGUUCACGAGCCUGGUGCUUGGUCUGGUGUCAGCACUGACCGCCAUCUUUGCCCGCCAGUGGCUCCGCGAGUAUGCCCAUUGGCAGCUCUCUUCGUCCCGAGAUAGCGUCCGCAUCCGGCAAUUCCGCCACGAUGGACUCAUGAGCUGGCGCGUGCCGACAGUAAUGUAUGCGAUCUCCAUCUUGCUGCAGAUUGCGGUGGUCCUUUUCUUGGUUGGGCUCGUUGACUUCCUCUGGACGCUGAAUCGCAUC